AUGCCUUCAAUCUUCAAUCAGCUAUCCAACUCAGAUGAUACUACCAUUGAGGUUACUACUCCAACGGAUGACAAUUUGGCAGACAACUUGAAUGUCAAAGACCCACAGCCUGAGGAUGAACUUGAAGUACAAACAAAUGAGCAAGAUCUUGAAGUUCAAGUAGCAGUUCCUACUACAUCCGAGUCUGCAGGGCAGAACAUACAAGCACCAGCUGCUCCUACUGAAGCUGUUGUGAACAGUGAACCACAGAAGAUCAAAAUCACAUACUUUCUAGCCAUGUUCGCAGAAGAUCAACUACAAAAACCCAAGAAACAAUGGAAAGCCAUCAACACAUUUCUCUUCCUGACUUCUGACUAG